UCGACGUCUUCGCCGGCGGACGACCAGCAUAGUCUCCGUUGCAGAACUUACAUCUGUCGAUGAGCUUUCGCGAUCGUCGACGGGGACCUUCCAGACGUGGACCUCCAAGCUGAGCUGGAGCCCAGCUCAUCCCCGGUGAAUGACGCGCGUUACUCCGGUUGCAGUGGUUGGCCAAUUCACCACGACGGACUCGUUCCUGCGCAGCCGAUCCGUCCGAGUUUCAAUCUCCCUUUAGACUAGACUCCUACCCGAUCGUUUGCAGCAAGGCAUUUCACACUCCAAAUGUUGAGCAAGCUUAGCGCGUUGCUCUUACCCGCGGUGCUGUGCCGAGUCUUGUUCAUUAUUCAUUCUGCCGUGUGCUGCUCAAGCAACCCGGUUGUAUCUCCUGAUCGCAACGAUGGCAACCACGCACCACGCUGCCGGCGCGACGCCUAGCAAGCUGGACAUCCCGACGCGACUAUCGUAUGUGAGCGGCACCUCGCAAACGCCCAAGGACCUGGGUGAUGGUUAUACCGGCGUCAAGACACCCGACCCGACCGACAUUGAGGGUGGCGCACUGCGUGAAGGCGGCAUGCCCGUACUCACCAGCAAGGAGAACAUCGGUCUUCUGGCACAGUACGCCGCCGUCGGUAUGGUGUACGGCAUGCUACCUGCCACCAUCUACCCGUUCCUGCAGCAGUAUCUCAACUGUACCGGUGCCCAGGUGACUACUGCGUCCACGCUGGUUGUGUUCCCGUGGAGCUUCAAGUGUUUCUACGGCAUCCUUUCGGACUGUUUCCCGAUUUUUGGCUACCGUCGCCGGCCGUACAUGCUUCUCGGUUGGGGUAUCUGUCUGGUCAUGUUGGUUAUCAUGGCGUGUAUGCCUGCCGGCAAGCCGUACUACACCGUGCCGUCUGACCGAGAUAUCUCGCCGGAAGACUACACACCUGAGAUUGUAGCUCGUAUCAACUACGACGCAUCAUCGCAGGGCGCCAAGUACGUUAUCCUCAUGUUCUUCGCUGCGUUCGGCUAUGUGAUGGCCGACGUGUGCGCGGACAGUAUCGUCGUAGAUCUCGCUCAGCGCGAACCCCUGGAGAAGCGUGGCAAGACGCAGUCGUGCAUCUACACGGUACGCACGAUAUUCGUGAUUAUCGGCGAGAUUAUCACGGGCUUCGCGUUCAACGGCGAAGAGUACGGCGGCGAUUUCGACUUCUCGUUGACGUUCCCACAACUGAUGGCUAUCAUGGCGGUCUGCACGGCCCUUGUCCUCCCAGCGACAUGGUUCUUCAUUAAGGAGGAGAAACAGCCCAAACCCAACUUCCGGGAAUACAUGAAGGCGCUCUGGGACCUCAUCUGUACGCGCGCGAUGUACCAGGUGAUCGCGUACAACUUCUUCUCCAACAUUUUCUCGGGUAUUUCAUACACGGCCAGCUCGCCAGUUCAGUCGUACAUGGUUGGCGUGACCCCGAUCAACAGUACCAUCAGUGAUAUCCUUGGCAACCUCCUCUUCAUGUUCGGCAUCAUGAUCACGUCCAAGUGGGGACUGCACUGGAGCUGGCGCGGCAUGAUCGUGUUCACCGGUUGCUUCGUGAUGGCUAUCGACGGCAUCUGUACGUUCAUAACCAUUUGGGACGUGUUCCGCAGUCAGUGGUUCUGGCUGGGCCUCCCGAUCGCCGUACAGGUUCCGUACGGUGUUGGCUGGAUGAUCUCCAACUUUGUGAUCGUGGAACUGUCCGGUAUCGGCAACGAAGGCGCCGUGUACGGCCUCAUCACUGCCACCCACAAUGUGGCGUCUCCGUUUGCCACGACACUCACGCUGGUGAUCGACCAGCCGUUCAAUCUCAGCAACGAGCGUAUCCAAGUGGACGACCACUCUAUCCGCGCCGACAUCACAUAUUCUGUUAUCAUUAUGUACGCCAUGACGGCAUUCUCGUGGGUGUUCUUGGUUUUAUUACCGAGACAGAAGGAAGCAACGCAGGAGCUAGUGCGCACGGGCGGAUCGAACAAGCUCAUCGGCGGCAUCACCGUGUUCUACCUCGUGUUCGCGCUCAUAUGGUCCGUCAUGACAAACAUCAUGGCCAUGUUCGACAGCACCUCGUGCCUCGUGAUUGCCGGCGGCGACGGCUGCUAAAUGUCGUUGAUUAAAAACUGUCUCGUAAUGAUCGACUUCUUUAACAUCUAAUUGAACUUUUACUGUCC